AUGGCUGAAGAAUGGAUAUGGCGGUGUUCUAGUUUUUGCCAAAGCUCAAGAUCCAAAUCGCAGCAUUAUCCACUAGCGUUGGCAGUACUAGAUGGAGAGAAUCAUGCUAGCUGGACUUUUUUUUUCGAGAUGCUUAAGAGAGCUAUACCAGACUCUUAUGAACUGAUUUUCAUGACUGACAGAAAUCAAAGCCUGAUCUUCGCAGUAGCAAACGUGUAUCCGCAGGCUCACCAUGGCCAUUGUUUAUGGAAUUUGAAGGAAAAUGUGAAAGGGCAUGUUUGUAAUGUUAACAAAGAUGUAGCCGGGCAUAGAUUCAUGGAAUUGGGCAGAUAUUACACCGUGGCUGACUUCGACUCUGCCUACGAAUCGUUUAAGAGAAGAUAUCCUUCGGCUUGGAAGUAUGUGGAGGAGCAUACUGAAAAAGACAAAUGGGCAAGAGUUUUUUUUCCACGUGACAGGUACAACUUGGACACAAACAACAGUGUUGAAUCAAUGAACAACGUGUUUAAAGAGGCAAGGAGGUGGGCCUUAAUACCAAUGUUGGAUUGUAUCAUGAAGACAUUCUCGGAUUGGUUUAAUCAACAUCGCAAGGAUGUUGUUUCUGGAUCAGUGGAAACCAAGCUGGUGCCUCUGGUUGAGAACUACUUGCACGAUCUAUGGCCUGUUGCAAGAACGCUACCUGUGCGGGAGCUUAAUAGCUAUGAGCUUGAGUACGAGGUCACCGACAGUGAUGGGAGGAUGUUUUUGGUGAACUUGGUUGCGAAAACUUGUACUUGCAAGGUGUGA